UCCACGGAGCCGAUGCCCAAGUAAAUAGUGUGGUCCCAUAAUUUGGAUCCCACGCCUUGCCCUCCUCUCUCUGGGUGCAGCCUGGAGCGUAUAAGAAGGCAUCUCAAUAGGCACAUCUCACACAAGACCACCGGCUACAGAGACAGGGCCAGAGCCUCACUCGCCAGCCUCCCAUCCACCAUGAAACUCGCUGUCGCCCUCGCCCUGGUCACCCUGGCUCUCUACUGCAGCCCUGCUUCUGCAGAGACCUGCCCAAGUUUUCUAGGUGUCAUUCAAACCCUCUUCCUGGGGACGCCUGCCAGUUACGAGGUCGCAGUGGAACCCUUCAGCCCUGACGCAGACAUGAAAGAUGCCGGGAUCCAGUUGAAGAAACUGGUGGACACCCUCCCCGAGAAGGCCAAGGAGAACGUCAUAAAGCUCAUGGUACACGGCUUCCUCCGCUCACGCUGCUCAGCACUGGAUUCGCCAAGUCCCUGGCUGCAGCGUCUUUUUGGCCCCUUUUGCAAUCCAGAGAGGAGAGUCCCAAUGCAAAUGUCCCCGGGGGAGCAAGGCACAGUCAUCUCACCUUUUGUUAAGAGGCUUCCAAGAACUAAUCAAAGCCUUUACAAGCUUAGCUCCUCCCAGAGGGACUGAACCUCUUAGCGGACAUUGAUGUU